AUGAAUAUUGUAAAGACCAUUAGAUAAGCAUUCUAAUUCUCAAGAGUCAGAUACUUUGUCUAACAGAAGGACCCAAGAAUUAAUGCCGAUUAUCUUGACUCUAAAGAAACCAAAAUACCCAAUGUUUUUACAAACCCAGAAAAUAUUAAUGAAGAUGCAGAAUAUAGCAAAGUUACACUCUAAGGGAAAGAAGUCAAAUCUUAAGAAAAAUUAAGAAUCAAAGCAAAACUUAAAAAUUGUAAAGAAAUUAAUGGAGUAAUUGCAUAUAUUUGA